CGAAUAGCCAGCGUGGCAUAUUGGUAAUUGGAGUUAAUCACCAUGGAUAACUUGGGGAUGGAAAAACCUCGUAGCUCCUUUUAAUCGGUAGCAGUAGAACUGCAUAGGACUUGAGUAGUCGUCGCAAGCGCAGACUCAUUACACACUGAAGGAAUGGCCUGGAAUCAAGGAGGAUUUCUGGUGCUAGUUCUGGCAACAUGUAUCUGCUCAUCUGCUGUUGCAAUCUUUCAACCGAUCUCGGAAUCUCACCGAUCUGCGGCUGUCGAGCUCUUCACUGCGGUUGAUGGAUCAUUUGGAAGCAGCCUAGAAGACACAUAUGAGGCACUCAGAACAUUUGAGAUUCUUGGAAUUGAUAGAAAGGCCGAUGUUGGUACCGGCACUUGCCGGACUGUGUCUGAAACUCUUGUUUCAUCAUCUUCACCUUCAAAAGAUUUGUUCUACGCAUUAAAAGUUAAUGGCAUAUUGAGAUGCAAUAUCGAAGAUGAAGUUUUUGAGGGCAUUAUUUCAAAACUUAAAGCUGAGGUCAAUGAUGCAAGUUCAUUGCUUGACUUCUACUACUCAGUAGGAAGCUUGGUACUAAUCAAGGAUCAAACAUCAAGAGUUGAUCCACAUCUUGCUGAUGCUGUAGGAGUUUUUCGUUCCAUCAAGGCCCUUAGCCAGAGUGAUGGGAGGUGGCGCUAUAGUUCAAAUAAUCCAGAAUCUAGUACCUUUGCAGCUGGACUAGCACUUGAAGCUCUUGCUGGGGUUGUCUCAUUAACAUCUUCUGAGAUAGAUCAAUCUUUGACCAGUACAACUAAAAAUGACAUAAUGAAGCUUUUUGACAGUAUUGAAAAAUAUGAUGAUGGGGCUUUUUACUUUGAUGAGAAAGUUGUGGAUGCUCUUGAGCAUAAAGGUCCUCUUUCAACUACAUCCUCUGUUGUAAGAGGGCUGACAGCAUUCGCCGCUGUUACUUCUGGAAGUUUGAGUCUUCCGAAGGACCAAGUACUGGGUCUGGCAAAAUUCUUCCUCGGAAUUGGAAUUCCUGGUGAUGCCAGGGAUUUCUUCAACCAAGUAGAUGCUCUAGCUUACUUGGAGAGCAACAGGGUUUCCAUCCCUCUGAUUCUCUCACUUCCAGCUACUGUGCUUUCUUUGACUAAGAAAGACUUGCUUAAGGUUAGGGUGAAUACUGUGCUUGGCUCAAAUGCACCUCCUCUAUCAGUUAAGCUGAUGCGAGUUGUCAAAUCUGGAAACAAGGGUGCUUCCAUUGUUGAGAGCCAGGAACUUAAGUUUGACCCUGAAAGUGCAGUCUACUUCUUGGAAGCUUUGCCAGAGAGUCUCGAUGUUGGACAUUAUACAUUUGUUUUUGAGGUGGUGCUUCAUGAUUCUGAGCAUAAAAAAGUUUAUGCAACUGGAGCCCAGACUCAAAUUCCAAUAUUUGUCACCGGACUCAUCAUAACCGAGAAUGCAGAAAUUGCAGUACUUGAAAGCGAUCUUGAAAGCGGAGAACCUCCGAAUAAGCUUGAUUUAGCUGGAGAAAAUGUUGCAUCAUUAUCAGCAAACCACCUCCAGAAGCUGCGCCUAUCCUUCCAAUUGACCACUCCUCUUGGGAAUGCUUUUAAGCCACAUCAGGCAGUUCUCAAGUUGAGACAUGAGACCCAGGUUGAGCAUAUCUUUUUGGUGGGGAAUUCUGGAAAACAAUUUGAGAUAAUUCUUGAUUUUCUAGGGCUGGUUGAGAAAUUUUUCUAUCUAUCUGGUAGAUAUGACAUUCAGCUGACUGUUGGUGAUUCUGUCAUGGAAAAUUCUUUCUUCAAGGAGGUUGGCUUUCUUGAAUUAGAUCUACCAGAAGCACCAGAGAAGGCACCCCGACCACCUCCAGUGCAUGUUGAUCCUUACUCACGAUAUGGGCCUAAAGCAGAGAUAACCCACAUCUUCAGAGCUCCUGAGAAGCGUCCACCAAAGGAGCUCUCUCUUGUUUUCCUGGGGCUUACAGUUUUGCCAUUUAUUGGAUUCUUGGUGGGGCUUCUACGACUAGGAGUGAACCUGAAGAACUUUCCUUCUUCAGCCGUUUCUGCCACAUUUGCUGUCCUUUUCCAUCUUGGCAUUGGAGCAGUUCUGUUGCUAUAUGUGCUUUUCUGGUUGAAGCUGGAUCUAUUUACCACACUGAAAACGCUUGGUUUCUUGGGUGUGUUCCUGAUUUUGGUCGGGCACAAAAUCCUUUCACACCUAGCCUCAACAUCAGCCAAGUUGAAAUCUGCCUAAAAAUGAGGACAUCUAAGCGGGAAAAAAAGGAUGAGCACCAUGCUAGAGUGUACGAAUUUUUCUCAAUUUUGUAGUUUUCUUGCUAUGUGAUAACUGGUUAGACGUUAAGUUAUACAGUAUUUACUGGAAAGUAACUUUCUCCCUGUGGUCACUUUCGGGUGUUUGGUAUCUGGUUACCAUGCUUACGUAUCUUAUCAUUGGCUCUGCGAGCAGAAUACAUUACAGUUAGGGUAGCAUACUAAGAAUGAUUUAUAUGCAGCACCCCCAGUUUCAGAAUGACAAAAUAUUUAUUGUUAUGUUGGCA